AUGGGAGUACUAAAUAUCAAGAACCUCUCUUUUGGGAGCUUCAUUCCAUGCAAGGUAGUAUACCAGACAGUGUUCAUAUUGCUUCUGAUUCCAUGUUGCUUGACUGAAGAUGUCCGGGCACCCCCUAUUUUACCAAAUGUGACUUUCCUCUUGGCUUGGAAUGCCCCAACUGAAUUGUGUAAAGAAAAGUUAAAGAAGCCACUUGAUAUGAGCCUCUUCUCUUUAAUAGGAAGCCCCCGAAAAAGUGAAACAGGGAAAAAUGUUACUAUAUUUUAUACUGAUAGACUUGGCUACUAUCCUUACAUGAAUGGUUCAGAAAAGGUUGUGCAUGGAGGACUCCCCCAGGUGAUGUCCUUAGAAGAUCAUUUGACCAAAGCUGAGCAAGACAUUUUGCAUUACAUGCCCACAGACAAGUUAGGCUUGGCUAUCAUUGACUGGGAAGAGUGGAGACCAACCUGGAUAAGAAACUGGAAUGGAAAACAUAUUUAUAAAUCUAAGUCUAUUGAGUUGGUUCAGCAAAAGAAUGCAAAUCUUAAUGUUGAAGAAGCCACCAAGCAAGCUGAAACAGAAUUUGCAGUUGCAGCAAGGAAUUUUAUGGAAAAGACUUUAAAAUUGGGAAUCAGACUUCGGCCAAUGCACUUAUGGGGUUUUUAUCUUUUUCCUGAUUGUUACAACCAUGAGUAUUAUAAAAAUGCCAGUUACAAUGGAGGCUGCCCUAGUAUAGAAAUACAAAGAAAUAAUGACCUCGAUUGGCUAUGGAAGGAAAGCCUGGCCCUUUAUCCAUCAAUUUAUUUGAAAUAUAUAUUAAAGUCAUCUCACCAAGCUGCAUUGUUUGUCCGUAAUCGUAUACAGGAAGCAAUUAGGGUUUCUAAAGUGCGUGAUGCUAAAAACCCACUUCCGGUUUUUGCAUACAUUCGCCUGGUUUAUACUGAUCAAACUAUGGAAUUCAUAAAUGCGGAAGAUCUUGUGCAUAAAGUUGGUGAAACUGUUGCUCUGGGUGCAUCUGGAAUUGUAGUAUGGGGAACUCUUGCUUUAUCACAAAGUGAGCAAUCUUGCCAGCGCCUAAAUGGUUUUUUGGAGACUACAUUGAAUCCUUACUUAAUCAAUGUCACCCUAGCAGCCAGAUUGUGUAGCUAUGCGCUUUGCCAGAAUCAAGGUGUGUGUAAAAGGAAAAAUUGGAACUCAAAUGACUAUCUUCAUUUAAAUGGAAGGAAUUUUGUUAUUAAAGUUAAAGAAGAUGGAAAGUUGGCAGUAAAUGGAAAACCUACAAUUGAAGACCUGAACUACUUUAGUGAGAAAUUCCAUUGCGGCUGUUAUACCAACUUGAGUUGCCAGGAGAGACUUGAUGCAAAAGAAAUUCCUGUGGAGAAAAUAUGUGUUAAAGAUGUCUGCAUAAAUUCCGAGGCAUAUUCUACAUACACACCAAAAUAUAUCAAAUAUAACCAUUCUACCUCUGGCAGUAAUAGCACUCAAGUAACCAAGUCAUGUGCCAUAGUGUCUCCGUGUGUUCCUUGGAAAGAUCUACGUGGGAGCCUCUUACUUCUCUCUCUGUCUUCACAGCAUUUGAAAUAUUUGAUACAGGUUCUUGGGAGCUAG